AUGAAUUUAAUAAGAAUCAUCACAGUUCUACUUUUACUUCCUGCUCAUCACACAAAAUCCAACAAUGAACUUAUUCGACUUAUUGAAAGGAUUUAUUUGGAAAGUAAUUCGGCUAUAGUGUGCUUUAUUGGACUGGAGGGUGAUGUUUUGACGGAUUUUAUGUCACAUCAUUCGGAUAUUUCGGUUUUAGUCUAUUCUUCGCUUCAAAUAAAAUUUGAUGAAGUCUCAUCUUCAAAUGUGAUAAUUGUCUUCAACGAUCCUGAUAAUAAUAAAAUCGAACAGACCUUCGAUAGUUUCGACUUCCUAGUAAGGCAACUUAAGCAUCGGAAAUUCGUGGCUAUUGUAUCUAAAAGCUAUGAAAAUCUCAAGGAAUACUUUAAAUUCUUCGGUGAAAACAAGUUUACCCGGAUUUUUGGAAUCGUGGACAGUAGAACUUAUGUUUACUUCCCCUUUGCAUUACCAAGUGUCAAAAUUCGUCGCUUGAACAAAGAUGGUUUCCUUCCGAAUGCUUUGAAAGAUCUCACCAACUUUACCUUCCGUACAACCAUUCAAAAAGACUAUCCACGAGCUUUUCGCUAUACCGACACUAAGGGGCAACCUCAAAUCGGAGGCCGUAUUGGAUUGAUGUUCUUGAAUUUUGUCCGAAGACACAAUGCAACAUUCGAAGAGAUAGUUCUUGGCAAUUCGACAGAACUUCACAUUCCAGCUGUGAUAAAUGCAACUCUUUUUGAUGAUAUUGACAUAAGUAUGAAUAUCUAUGGAGAAACAAAAGGUCUUGACUUAAGCUAUCCGGUGAAAUUCGAAAAAUGGAACAUAUUGAUUCCCGUAAAUGGCCAUUUGGAUCCUUAUGAGUACUUUAAGAGGCCUUUUACUUCUAUUGUGUGGAUAUGCAUUGGACUGACUUUAAUCUACAUAACGGCUAUUGAAGCUGCAUUAAAUAUUUACAGAGGCUUAAGGAAUAAUAUUUGGCAGAGCUUUAGUCAGGUUUUUCUGAUAAUUCUCGGAAGGCCUUUGGAAAGGCCAAUAAACCCUUCUUAUUACCGAAUUCACUGUCAAGUCUUCUUGUUUUCAUUUAUUAUGGGCAACUUGUAUAAUAUUUAUUUUACAUCUUUUUUAACGGUUUUUAUCAAUGUUAAACAAUACGAUACAAUACAGGAAUUGGCGGACAACCAUGUGUCUGUACUAAUUGCCGAUUUUGAAUAUAAAGUGCUAACUGAUUUCAGUCGUUUCCCCCAAGGACUUGACAAAGUUCUGGUUCCUAUUAAUAAUUUCGUAUUUGGGGUUGAACUUAAUUCAAUGCGUAACACAAGUUUUGCUUACACAGUUGGCGGUGACAGAGGCGAAUUUCUUAUACGCCUACAAUCGUUCUAUAUGAAACCAUUGUUCCGCAAGGUUAAAGAGCCUUUGUCGGAAUUCUAUCUUGGAUUUUUGUUACCAUAUCAUUCGCCAUUUAAGGAAAUUCUGGACGAGUUCAUAUUCAGUAUCGAGCAAACUGGUUUGCUGUUAAAGUGGGAAGCUGAUGCUGCAUAUCAGUCGAUAUUAGCUGGUCAUCCAAUUGAUGUCACCAGCCUAAAAUUGGAAACUACUGGGAAGAAAUUAGCUUUGACAAUGCGCCAUUUGCAAUUUGGUUUUUACUGUCUUACUAUGGGUUGGAUAAUUGGAUUAGUAUUGUUCGUUUGUGAGUUGAGUUUUGAGAGAUUUUGUGAUUGGAAAAAGUUCAUGAAAUUUCUGUACUUCUUUUUAACUUUCGUCGAAUGA